CUAACAUGUCUGGAUACCACCGCUUGCAACUGUUAGCCCACCACCAUUUUUCUUGGACGUGCCUUAAGCUUUUAUAUAUCAUCUGUAAAUCGUUUUCCUUUCUGUAAUUUUAUUUUAAGUCCUACAAAUAGAGACAUAAUCUUUCUAUAUCAAUACACAAAACACAUUCAGAUCAAUUCUUCUAAUUCUCUAGAGAAUAGAGAAACAUGAAGGCUUCAAUCUUAGCAUUCUGCAUCAUUUAUUUAGCUUUCAUUUGCAAAACUAUUGCAGCACCUGAACCAGUUCUUGACGUCUCAGGUAAGAAACUGAUAACAGGUGUCAAAUAUUACAUUUUACCAGUCAUUAGAGGCAAAGGUGGUGGUUUAAAUGUCGCAAAUGUAAACAACCUCAACAGCAACAAUAAUACAUGUCCCCUUUAUGUUGUUCAAGAGAAGCUUGAAGUAAAGAAUGGUGGAGCAGUUACUUUCACACCUUAUAAUGCUAAGCAAGGUGUGAUUCUAACCUCAACUGAUCUCAACAUCAAGUCCUAUGUAACAAAAACUACUUGUACUCAAUCACAAGUUUGGAAGCUUCUUAAAGUUUUGUCAGGGGUGUGGUUUUUGAGUACUGGGGGUGUAGAAGGUAAUCCAGGUAUUGAUACAAUUGUGAAUUGGUUCAAGAUUGAGAAAGCUGGUAAAGAUUAUGUGUUUUCUUUUUGUCCUUCAGUUUGUAAGUGUCAGACUUUGUGUAGGGAAUUAGGGUUGUAUGUUGAUGAUAAUGGGAAUAAGCACUUAGCUCUUAGUGAUCAAGUUCCAUCAUUUACGGUUGUGUUUAAAAGGGCUUAAGUGAAACAUCACUACAAUACCCAAAAUGUUAUGCACUUAUAUAUGCAUACAGGGGUUAUAUUGAAGGAAUAAUAUCACUGAUCUGUGCUCUACUUUAUUUAUGUUAUUUGUAUUUCACUUCAAUAAAGAGUUUCACUUUAUAUUUGACUCUA